CCUGACGGCGCAAAAAACAUCACCUACGGCGCCGACGCAGAAAGUAGUAGAUGGGAUGACCACUUAUCCUGUGCUAGUCACAUCUGGAGCUGUUGCUGCCACGAAGUCCGGAGGGCCCGACUCCACCGGCUCUGCCGUUGGCGUGCCACCGGCGUCUUCGCGAACUUUCGGUGUGCUUUUCUCGGCGCAUCAAGCUCCCGGCUACCACAGCGUAGUAGCAGGUCUCUUAGAUUACGUGGGAACUAUGGUACCGCCAGGACGCCUGAUUGGUUUUGUUGGUGGCUGGGUCGGUCUCAAGCAUGGGUGGAUCCGCGAGCUAGACCACGAGAAGUUGCGCUUUGUGCGGAAUUUGGGGGGCCAAGAGCUGCUCUGCGACUGGGAGCAGACCCUGCAAACAAGUGCGGACUUCGCGUGUGCAGUAGACACUUUGAUUAAGAUGAGUACUGGUUUUCGUCGCCGAACAACGUAGACGCGAGGCAAUGUGUCAGUGUAAUUGUUCACGUUGAUCUCGGGGAGUCAGCUACCACCACGAUGUAAUUGCAGUUGCACUACUAGGGUUGAUCAUAGAAUACAUCGAUAAGUCUCUAAUGUAAACAAGCACCGCGUGGAGGCGCUCAUCUGUGUGGGCAAUCUGCCCUCGCAGCUGGAGUGCACCGUGCUCGCGGAGGGCUGCGCGGCCGACCGCGACUGCGGCACUAGGGUCAUCGGGGUGCCGGUGUCGGUGGAUAACGAUUUCCCAUUCAUUCAGCAAUCCAUCGGCUUUGAUACGGCUACGAAGAUCUUCGCAUCCAUUGUAGGUUCGCUGUGGUGCGAAGCAGCGACAAGUCGCCAGCAGUGGUUUUUCGUUAGACUCAAGGGCCAAUCGCACGCCCUGUCGCACAUCACGCUUGAAACCGCACUGUUGACUCAUCCGAACCUGGUUCUCUUAUCCGAAGAGGUUGCCAUGAAACGCCAGUCACUCUCAGAUAUGACAGGAUUCUUCUAGCAGAAGGCGCUGGGUUUGCGAUUGAGCAUUUUCUUAUCCCAUGAUACAAGAAGCAGAUCUUAGUCAGAUUUGUUGAAAUCCAAAAGAUAGCAUAGCUAGUGCACGUCGUCAAUAUGAUGAGAAAAAAGUACUCCUUGUUUGAGAAUGCAGCUACAUAAUGGCGAAUCCCUUUAAAUUUCGUUUCCCAAUUUUGGUCUCACCUCCUCGCUUCAUCCUCAACGUGACCAACAUGAUCUGUGAUGUUGUGUCCGCUCGGAGCGAACGCGGCCUCCACUUCGGCAUUGUGCUCUUUCCGGAGUCCCUUCUGCUGGCUGUUCCGCAGACGCGGCAGCUAAUCUUAGAGAUCGAGGACAUAAUUGCGAGUUUUGAUUCAUCGCGUCCAUAUACCAGUAUGGACAUCCAGAAUCACCUGAAAACGUGGACUAGUACGUUGUUUCGAGCUCUCCCGAGAAACGUUCAGGAGGAGCUCUGCUGCAAUACCAAGGGAACGCCAAAGAAGGUACGUGUGGAUGAUCAUGAUAGCAGACUAUUUUUUUUACAGCAAUGACCUAAAUCUAACAAAGUCCCAGCUUCUCUUUUCUUUAUAAGCUUUUCUUUCUCAGGAGAAGGAUGUUUCGUAUAUGUCACCAACAGGUCGACCUCGCGAACGUGUCGACGGAAUGGCUGUUAGCUCGUUUGGUAAGUGUGGAGCUCGAGCGACGGCGAGCCUUGGGUCUCUUUCACGCACCGUUCGAGACCGUUACGCACGAGCUUGCGUAUCAAGCGCGGUCAGGCAUGCCGACAAAUUUUGGUAUGAUGAGCGUAAUCGAACCCGCAAUUCUCUUUCAAAAACACUGCAUCCUUGAGUCCUAUGACAAACUCACCGAGGUAGACUAGUAUCUAUCACACUUGUACUAGUACUACUUGUUUGAAGCGCAAUCGAAUCACUGACUGCACUGUGGUGCUCGGGAUGUGAUAUUCCUUACAUUUGAUGUUGAUUGGUGUUAUAGUCGACUGCGUACUACUAGAAGUAGAGAUUGUUGCUCUUGGAUGAAAGCCGCUUCAUUUUUGACUGCGAUCUGGCUUACACACUUGGGUAUUCAGCGGGCCUUGUUGCAGAUAGCGGGAAGACCGGGUAUCUUGUGCACGCGUCGAAUCUGACGUUAUGGUCAGCUUUUUUCCAUCCUCCUCGGCAUCUUGGUCCCCUUUUCCCUUUUAUUCUCGUGAAAUACAAGGUAAAAGGGGCCAAUAUGAGGGGACCGAGAUGCAUUCUAGUACACGCUAAUGACUGAGUCGCCAAGCCAGUGGGUGAUCGGCGGUCUUCCAUUCACAAGCCUCGCCUCGCUUCAACGCGAAGCUGCAGCAAGUCAAGCUAGAAAUAAUAGCCUUGGCGUCGAUCUGCUUCAGUCUUCUUCCUCACUUCUCAACAACGCGGUGGCCCUCCAGAACAGCAAUAUUUCAGCGAUUAUAGCGAGUUCUGGAGGAGGACUCACGACGGCAACUACGCCAGGCCAAGUUCAGUUUGCCCCGGUGGGCUCGCCAACGUCCAGCCCCAAUGACGCCGGCUUGCGGUUUUCGCAAUCGCAGCCUGAGCCAUCCAUGACUACCUCGUGGCCAGUAUCCGUAACCCAAUCUUGUUCUACCGGCGCGGGCGACUUGGCCACCAUGUUGCAGUAUCUACCGAAUGUGCGAGCUGCAGAAAGAGAUCUUCAAUGCGGCGGCGCCAACUCGCCUCUAUUCAUCAAUACACCGUCUGGGAUUGGCGGCGGAGCAGCAGUUGGAUCAGGGUCUUUGGCGCAACCAGCACAGCAUCAAGUUUCUCGCUUGCAGUCCACAUCGGCGGGACCAACGACGUCUUCAGGCUUCAAUAUUCAGGUUGGUGGAGGCACUCUAGUUACAAACAGUGGUGGCUUCCAAUCUGGGAGUUCGGUAGCGCAAAAUAACCAGUCCACUUGUGCUCGGCUCUACAUGCCGUCCGCCAACCAGCGAGGAAACAUCUACCCCGAGCUCUUGUCGUCGCGGAAGAUGCCGCCACCAAUCGAGCGUUCGUACGUGAAUCCCGGACCAGUUCAGUUCCAGUAUGAUUUUGUGAGCAACAUGCUUGCGUCCUCGAAGAGGCCGCCCUUUGAGAAACUGGCCGAAGUCGGUUCUCUCUGCGCUGAAUUACAGCGGGUAGCCGCGAGCCGCAAAGGGCUGGCCACUACCGUCCUCGAGGCACUCAAUGCGGCGAUCGCGCUGCUGCAGUCUGCAGUGCAGUCCGCAGGCGCAACACAGGACCCGUUCUUCGCAAAUCAGCGGAAAUCCUUGCUGCUGCUCAAUAUCCCAAGCCAAGGUAGCACACAAGGUGCCUCAGAGUGAGAAACUUGCUAUAUCCCCUUCUUUCGCUAUGGCGUGUAUCGCUGCUUACGAGACUGUUUUUCGUUUUUUUUUUUGUUCUUGCUUCUCUCUACGAUUGAUAGGAUUGUGAGACUUUUUUCUGAGUAAAAAAGUGCGCAGAAAAGUUUACGUUUUUGAAGCUUUGAACGCGUGUCAAAAGUUUACGUUUUUGAAACAUCCAGGAGAUGAGAUCGCAUCAAAACAUCAGGAUUUUUACGUACAAUGAAUUGGACUUAUCUCCGACUGAAUUACUUAAGAAGACGGAAUUGAGAAGAUGGGAUACAAUAAGUCUGCUUCUACGCAGGUUUCUAGACUUUGAUCGAAG